AUGACGCCGACAACCAAUAACAGCAAUCACUCUCGGAACAAUAAGAAGUACAACAUCGGUUCCGAUUCCGUUAACCCUUUAUCACAUCCGUUUUGCGACAGAUCCCCAUUCGCCGCCCUGGAUAUCCUUAUGCUGAUUCUUGUUCUCGGAGCACUUGGGUUUCUAAUCAUUCCAUACGUCAAUAUUAUAUAUCGUGAAACCAUCGAGAUUCUCCCUUUAGUUUUCGACGUCAUCCAAGAAGUCAUUUCCGAUGCCCCAAUCGCAUAUGUCGUCGGAGUAGUAGCAGCGUUCAGUGGUGUAAUAGCGACAAUCGCCGCUUGGGAAAUACUCGAAGUAAAAUCAAGAAAAUGUGGAAAACCUAAUUGUAAAGGGCUUCGUAAAGCUGUUGAAUUUGAUAUCCAGCUUGAAUCUGAAGAGUGUGUUAAGUAUCUGUCGACAGGAGGAACAUCAUCAGAUAACGAUGUGAAGCCAUUGGAAUUAGGGCAAGAUCAUAAGGAGCUGGAAGCGGAGUUGAAGAAGAUGGCGCCGGUGAAUGGCCGGACUGUUCUCAUUUUCCGAGCACCAUGUGGUUGUCCGGCGGGGAGAUUGGAGGUGCGGGGGGCUAAAAGGAUCCGGAGAAUCAAGAAAUGA